AUGAGUAUCGAUAUUUUUAAACGUCAGUCUGAAACUAAGUCAUCUAAAACUGGUCGUCGUGGACCACCAGGUCCGGGAUUUAAAAUUACAGACGACGGUCAGUUUGAUAUAGACAACAAACGGCUGUGUAACAUUGCAGAUCCUGAAAACUUUAGUGAUGCGAUUCCUCUGAGAAGUGCACAAAACAUUAUUCAACAUGAAGUUCAAUCAUUAAAUGAAGGAAGCUUGCUAAUGCGACAAGAUAUUGAUAUAAUUAUUCAUGGUUUAGAAGCGAAAUUUGAUAAUUACAGAAAAAAUCAACGAAUAGAGAACGAAAACACAAUCGAAGUCAUUUCAAAACUUGAAAUGAAAUCAACAAUAAAAGAAGCGGUGGCUCAUGAGCUACAUGCUCAAGCACGGAGAAAUUAUCCUAGACGUCAUGUUGAUAUUCGUGGAAUUGAUGAAACUUGGCAAGCGGAUUUGGUUGAUAUGACUGCAUAUGCUUCAUUCAACAAACAACACAAAUUCAUAUUGACAAUUAUAGAUAACUUUUCAAAGUUUGCAUGGGCAGUACCCCUAAAGACUAAAAAUGCUCAAGAUGUUACAAGUGCCAUGCAAUCUGUUCUGAAAAAAGGUCGAGUUCCUAAGAAUUUGCAUGUGGAUCAAGGUAAAGAAUUUUACAAUAGUAAUUUUAAAGCUCUAAUGCAAGAGUACGGUAUCAAUUUGUACUCUACCUAUAGCAAUCUUAAAGCAUCUAUUUGCGAACGUUUCAAUAGAACGUUAAAGAAUAAAAUGUGGGUAAAAUUUACUGUUCGUGGUACUUACAAGUGGAUAGAUAUUUUGGAUGAUUUAGUGGUUACUUACAAUGAUACGAAACAUCGAACAAUCAAAAUGAAGCCAAAAGAUGUCACUGCUGCGAAUGCCAAAGAGUUAGUCACAAACGUGUAUCGCCCUCUGAACGUGAUGAAAUUAACUAAGAAGAAAAAGUUUAAGGUUGGUGAUAAAGUUCGCAUCACCAAAUACAAACAUGUGUUCGAGAAGGGAUACACUCCCAAUUGGACCACUGAAAUUUUUACAAUUAAGGAGGUUAAGAAUACCAAUCCAACGACGUACAAACUUAUCGAUUACCAGGAUCAACCAAUUGAAGGUGGCUUUUACGAAGAAGAACUCAGCAAAGUUAAAUAUCCAGAUGUUUAUCUUGUUGAAAAAAUCAUUCAUACACGUGGCAAGGAGCUAUAUGUUAAAUGGUUAGGAUUCGAUAGUACACACACUAGUUGGAUAAAUAAAACAGAUUUGUAA